AUGCGCAACAAGAGGGGUCAAGACCCCAAUCUCUUCUGUGAAUUUCACAAAGACACAGGUCACCUAACGGACGAAUGCUUCAGUCUGAAACAAGAGAUAGAAAGAGCUUUGAGAGAUGGAAAGCUCACUCAUUUGGUUAAGGGCGGAAAGCGCUACUACCACCAAAUUCAAAGAAGAGAAGAGGGGCCAGAUAACAAAAAACUUCGAAAGUUAGAAACCCACAUGGUUCAGGGAGGCCCACGUAGGCCAAGGAAAAACUACAACAAGCACGCGCAAGACGACUCAUGGCGCGAGAGGCAAGUUAUUUUCCCAAUCGUAAGAGGUGGCCCGAGAGAAAAAAGACCCAUCGUCAUUUCCGGAGUAAUUGGUCACUACAGGACGGAUUACAUUUUUAUCGACCCAGGGAGCACCGCAGAUAUCAUAUACGAACAAUGUUUCAACCAGUUUGACCAAGAAGAUAAAGCGCGCUUGGAACCAGUUGAUUAUCCACUAACUGGUUUCUGCAACGAAGCCGUUUUCCCUCUCGGCCAAAUAUCAUUCCCGGUGCUACUCUCAGACGGAAGAAACUCAAGAACAGAGGAGGUCACAUUUAUGGUGCUGCCUGCACGUUCAAGACAUGACAUCCUCUUAGGAAGGGAAUCCCAAGGAGACUUCAGUAUGAUAUGCUCUGCGCCACACUCAGCUGUUGGAUUCCCAACAGAAAUAGGCAUAGCAUUAAUAUACGCAAGCAAAGAGGCCUUAGCAACGGAUGCGGUCAGACCUGCAAAGGCAAGUAAACCAACACCGCGUGCAGAAGCAGAAAAAUGGGUACUAAACAGUGCACACCCAGAGUAG